AUGCCCUCUCUUCGCACAAGGCGUUGCGUUUAUAAGUCACCAUACUUCGAUCAAACGUCAGACGUAGAUAACGAUGUUAAGGUUGGUAUGGCUUCCGGAGUCACCAGCAGCAGCGACGAAUUUAUGGUAACCCCCAAGGUUACUCGCUCCUGCCGUCGCAAAUCCAAGACACGGAGAAGUAACGCAAAUUGCAAAGGAAAAAGUCGCAAAAAUCAGUCAAAUGCUUUGGAGUCUAGCGCCUCGGACACCACGACAAGUUGUAAAAAAGCCAGGACAGCCUCUCAGUCGAGAGCAAAAACAGAGAACGCGAAGGUAGUUUCAGUUGUCCCACAAUUACAGAGUGACACCGAGUCCAGUGACGCGGACGGUUGGGAGGAUGUGACUAAUCACACUCCGAUGAAACAGCCCGAGGCACUGCCUUCAACCUGCAAUGAAAUAGAGUUCAUGAGUCAGUUAUUAGAAAAACCUGAUGAGAAAGUGGCUGUUAAGAAGGAGGAAAAACCUGAUUUGGUGGUUUCGGUAAACACUGCCCCCAAUCAGAAGCCAUCUCGUGACCCCAAAACCCUGGCUGCUCUUGCGCUUGCCAAACAAUUGAGAGAACAUCAGUAUGCGGUCCACACGCUUUAUGUAAUUGGAUUUCUCACUUACGGUCGUUUCGCUAACAAAGCUUGUGACGAUCCGACCAUACGCGCGUUGGCGUAUUCCCUCAUUGAUCCUCCGAAAGUGUGGGACCCAACAACUCUUCGUUCAAUUGUUUCAACGUUUGCCUGCCUUGUUCGUGGUAGUGUGAAAAUCAAGAACCCGAAUAUCACAGAAGCGGUCCAGGCUCGGCUUGAAAUAGGCCGAACGUCAGUGGACGACUGUACUUUUCUAUUAGUUGCUGCCUUGCGGGCGUGUGGACUAGACGCCCGCCUUGUUUUAGCGUUUGUCCCACCACCACUGAGACGUGACACGAAGGCCUUGUGUGUAAAAAGACUCAAACGUCUGAAUCCACCGAAGAAAAACACUAACAUAAUUUCCACUUCUGAAAGCGAAGAAGGUUGUGGUAGUCAUGAAGGCCCAGAUUAUCACCUCUUUGGUCAGGUCUACUUGCCUUCGGCUAAAGCCUGGUCCAGCGUUGACCUGACUUUGCCCGUUGGAAGAGCGACCGUGGAAUCCUUCCAGUUUCCACAAUAUCAAUACGUUGUGGGCUUCCAUUCCACUACUUCGAGCUACGUCGGGCGUUCUCCCAUCGACCUAGCCCCUCGCUACGAUCCAGCGUGGAUGUCUGAAUCUCGGAGCAAACGCAUACCCGAUUCCGUUUGGAAUAAACUGUUGGCUUCGAUGCGAAACUACUGUGACGGUGAUGUAGCUGCUCUUCGUGCUGAGGACACCACUCGCGAGGAAGAGAUGAGGGAUGCCGCCGACUUGCGCGUUAUUUUUGACUACUUGCAAACGCUGCCCCUCCCGAAACGGAUCCAGGACUUCAAGGGCCAUCCACUGUAUGCUCUGAGACGACAUCUGCUCAAAUUUGAGGUAAUUCAUCCCCCGGAUGCUCCGGUGAUCGGGUUCCUGAAUUCCUGGCUAAAGGAAGCAAAGACAGUGAAGUUAGGCGAAAAGCCUGCGAAGGUAGUGAAAGCCAUGAUGUCGAUGAAACGCAAACUCCUGAUGGACGACAACGGGCCACCGCCCACCGUCGAUUUGUAUGGACCGUGGCAGGUAGAGGAUUACGUGCCGCCCGUUGCCGAAAAUGGUCUUGUUCCCCGAAACGAGCAUGGCAACGUUGAACUCUUCAAGCCCUGUAUGCUGCCCGUCGGAUGCACGCAUAUUCGUCUGCAGGGAAUCCAGCACAUUGCCAAACGCCUGCAAAUCGACAUAGCCCCCGCAAUGGUAGGCUGGACGUUUCACAAGGCCGGCUGGGCUCAUCCGGAGUACGAUGGCUUUGUGGUGUGCAAGGAGUCCGUCCCGGUUCUUGUUGACGCGUGGCGAGCCGAAAAAAUGAACGCGGAAAAAGCCGCGGCCGCAGACAAAGCCGAGCAUGCUCUAUCAAACUGGCGGCGUGUGACGCGUCACCUGCUCCUGUGGCAACGAGUGGAGGCCAAAUUCAAGCUGACGAAGGCCACGGUGACUUCAUCGGUAACUGGAUCCUACUACUCCCUCUUCCUUACUGGGGCCCUAGGCGCUAAGUUGGGUGAAAAUGCCAAAAUCCACAGUAGCUACAGCUCACCGUUUGUGAACUAG